AUGGCUGCCGUUCAACCCGCAAUCAGCGCGACGCGCCCAGACACAACACACCCCUCCAGCACGCCACCCUCCACCUACACGAUCCAGAACUUCCGCAUACAGACUCAAAAGCGGCCUAUCCUCAAAGCCGCACCCAUAGAAGACAUGACCAGUGCUCUCGGAAUCGCCCCUCCUGAGAUGAUCUUCGGCGACAACUUCGUCUCCAUCACCCACCUUCCCUCCAAAUUCUCGAUAUCUUUCAACGCCUUUGGCGCACUCGACCGCGUCGACAAGACGGGCGAGAAACGCCUGAAAGUCGCCUACUCACAAGAAUGGUCGCAGUCAAGACAAGAAAGUCAGGCUGGCGAGAAAAUCCGCGAGGUAGUCAAGCCAUUCGACUGGAGCUACUCAACCGACUUCCGCGGCGACGUUGACGCCGAUGGCCCGCAACUACAGGAGGACGGAGAGAAAUCAAUACCACUCGAACUCCUCAAACGCCCCGAUCCAAUCCUCUUCUUCGACGACGUCAUUCUCUACGAGUCCGAGCUCGACGACAAUGGCAUUUCCAUGCUCAGCGUCAAGAUCCGCGUCAUGCCCCAGCGCUUGCUAUUACUUCAGCGCUUCUUCAUGCGGCUGGACGAUGUGCUGUUGCGGAUCAGGGACACACGGGUGUACGUUGAAUUUGCAAGUGGAGAGGUGAUCAGGGAGUAUCUAGAAAAAGAGGAGAAGUACCAGACUGUGAAGGAUGCGUUGGUGGCGAGGAGUGCGGGAAGGGGCAUCGAGGAUGUGGCCGCCGUAUUGCGCGAGCCUGAGCAAGUGAGCCAGCUGCUGCCUGAGCCUGACGAACAGCAAGCCAACGAGCGUAUUGAACCGCCCGCUACCUUGAUUUCAACAGAACUGGGCGGACUCUCGAACAGAGGCAAAGGUCUUGCAUCCUAUGGCACGAGCAGCAAUGUGCCCUCCACUCAUACGUUGCAGUUGUACGCAGUGCUAGUGUGUACCGCUGAGCGACGAAUGCGCGGUGUCCAGGAUGAGCACGGCAUAGUUAUUGGGGAGUUGUACGAGGAAGUCCCUACCCUGCACGGUCUGCUCAAGAUUUUACAGCUUCCUGAAGAGGUUCGAAAGUACUGGUAUGUUGUAGCCUCAAACAUGGCUGAGAUGCCAGUGCGGAAGGAGUAUGAGGUCAUGAAGGGCCCCAAACUUGAUGAGUGCGCUGAACGUUGGCAGGAGCGACAUGGCGAAUGCGACGAGUGUGAUGAAUGCAAUAUUGUUUGA